AUGAUAAAGUUUCAUGAAGACUUCUGCCAAAGAGAAAUAAAAUACUUGCAUCACGAAGCUACAAUUCAAUCAUACAAUUCAGCAUUUGUUGGGGAAGAUAUACAGUCAAUAUCAUCUUGCUAUGUUCGAGUGAAUCAGAGAUUUUGGUGCUUCGAGGAUCCUUUAAUUGCACUAGAGGUGUGCUUUAAAACAUUUUUCGUAUUCAACUGUAACUAUCCAAAAGAGUGUUAUGAUUCAUGGUUAAUUGUUCAACAAUUAUUAUUUCAACUACAUACACCACACGACAAGUCAACAUCAAUAACAAAAUCGGUAUCAGGACAGUUUUAA